UGCACUCCGUCCGCGCCCUGCGCCCCGCCGCGCCCCGCCGCGAGCCCCAAGUUGCGGGCCGGGGACCCCGGGCCGGCGCCCCUCGCCUAGCGGGCGGCGGCGGAGACCGCGUCCGCCCCAGGCCGGGCCCGCCGUGACCCCGGCCCCGCCGAUCGGCCCCGCCGCCGGCCGGACGCCCCGCGGCCCCCGCGCGCCCCGAGCCGCCGUCCGCGAGGUCUCCCCAGGGCUCUGAGGACACAGCCUUGCUGGCGGCAGCUUCCGGGGCUGGGAACGGAGCAGCGGGUGAGCAGGUGACAGAACUGGCCUCUGGUCCUUUGUGGAGAGUAUUUGAUCAGGUUCCAAGCCCCUUCUGGCGCCCCCCCUGCCCACCAUGUCAGGAUCCACACAGCCAGUGGCCCAGACGUGGAGGGCCGCGGAGACCCGCUAUCCACCCCACGGCAUCUACCCAGUGCAGAUCGCCCGGCCACACACGGAUGUGGGGCUGCUGGAGUACCAGCACCACCCCCGGGACUACACCUCUCACCUGUCUCCUGGCUCCAUCAUCCAGCCUCAGCGGAGGAGGCCCUCGCUGCUAUCUGAGUUCCAGCCGGGAAAUGAACGGUCCCAGGAGCUGCACCUGCGGCCCGAGUCACACUCGUACCUGCCCGAGCUGGGCAAGUCGGACACGGAGUUCAUGGAGAGCAAGCGGCCGCGCCUGGAGCUGCUUCCUGAUCCCCUGCUGCGGCCAUCACCCCUGCUGGCUACCGGCCAGCCUGGUGGCUCCGAGGACCUCGCCAAGGACCGCAGCCUGACCGGCAAGUUGGAGCCUGUGUCCCCGCCCAGUCCCCCCCCCACCGACCCCGACCUGGAGCUGGCGCCCCCCAGGCUGUCCAAGGAGGAGCUGAUCCAGAGCAUGGACCGGGUGGACCGUGAGAUCACCAUGGUGGAGCAGCAGAUCUCCAAGCUGAAGAAGAAGCAGCAACAGCUGGAGGAGGAGGCUGCCAAGCCGCCCGAACCUGAGAGGCCCGUGUCACCGCCGCCCAUCGAGUCCAAGCACCGCAGCCUGGUGCAGAUCAUCUACGACGAGAACCGGAAGAAGGCCGAGGCUGCCCAUCGGAUCCUGGAGGGCCUGGGACCCCAGGUGGAGCUGCCCUUGUACAACCAGCCCUCAGAUACCCGGCAGUACCAUGAGAACAUCAAAAUAAACCAGGCGAUGCGGAAGAAGCUGAUCCUGUACUUCAAACGGAGGAACCACGCCCGCAAGCAAUGGGAGCAGAAGUUUUGCCAGCGCUAUGACCAGCUCAUGGAGGCCUGGGAGAAGAAGGUGGAGCGCAUUGAGAACAACCCCCGGCGGCGUGCUAAGGAGAGCAAGGUGCGGGAGUACUACGAGAAGCAGUUCCCAGAGAUCCGCAAGCAGCGGGAGCUGCAGGAGCGCAUGCAGAGCCGGGUGGGGCAGCGGGGCAGCGGGCUCUCCAUGUCGGCCGCCCGCAGUGAGCACGAGGUGUCUGAAAUCAUUGACGGCCUCUCGGAGCAGGAGAACCUGGAGAAGCAGAUGCGCCAGCUGGCUGUGAUCCCACCGAUGCUGUAUGACGCGGACCAGCAGCGGAUCAAGUUCAUCAACAUGAACGGGCUCAUGGACGACCCCAUGAAGGUCUACAAAGACCGCCAAGUCAUGAACAUGUGGAGUGAGCAGGAGAAGGAGACCUUCCGGGAGAAGUUCACACAGCAUCCCAAGAACUUUGGCCUCAUCGCCUCGUUUCUGGAGAGGAAGACAGUGGCCGAGUGCGUCCUCUACUACUAUCUGACCAAGAAAAAUGAGAACUACAAGAGUCUGGUGAGACGAAGCUACCGGCGCCGUGGCAAGAGCCAGCAACAGCAGCAGCAGCAACAGCAGCAGCAGCAGCAGCAGCAACAGCAGCAAAUGGCCAGGACCAGCCAGGAAGAGGAGAAGGAGAAGGAAAAGGAGGCUGAGAAGGAGGAAGAGAAGCCUGAGGUAGACGGCAACGACAAGGAAGAGCUCAGCAAGGAGAAGACAGAUGACACCUCUGGGGAGGACAAUGAUGAGAAGGAGGCCUCCGUGGCUGCCAAGGGCCGCAAAACAGCCAACAGCCAGGGUCGGCGCAAGGGCCGCAUCACCCGCUCGAUGGCCAAUGAGGCCAACCACGAGGAAGCCGCCACCCCGCAGCAGAGCUCCGAGCUGGCCUCCAUUGAGAUGAAUGAGAGCUCUCGCUGGACAGAGGAAGAGAUGGAGACAGCCAAGAAAGGCCUCCUGGAACAUGGCCGGAACUGGUCGGCCAUCGCACGUAUGGUGGGCUCCAAGACCGUUUCCCAGUGUAAGAACUUCUAUUUCAACUACAAGAAGCGGCAGAACCUGGACGGGAUUCUGCAGCAGCACCGGCUGAAGAUGGAGAAGGAGCGGAACGCACGCCGCAAGAAGAAGAAGACCCCAGCCGCGGCCAGCGAGGAGGCUCCCUUCCCGCCUGCCGCCGAAGACGAAGAGAUGGAGGCAUCGGGCGCCAGCGGGAAUGAGGAGGAGAUGGCCGAGGAGGCAGAAGCCUUGCAGGCCUCUGGGAGUGAGGCACCCCGAGGGGAAUGCAGUGGCACAGCCACGGUCAACCACAGCUCGGACACCGAGAGCGUCCCCUCCCCGCACACUGAGGCCCCCAAGGAUGUGGGGCAGAGUGGACCCAAGCCCCCGAGUGCCGACGGGGCCCCCACCACCGAGCUGCCUGCCCCACCCUCAGAGGACACUGCCCCCGCAGAGCCAGCCCUGCCCCCCGAGGCCGGUGGCCCCUCCACGGCCCCCGCAGCACCAUCACCGGCGGCCCUGGCCGCACCCGUGGCGCCCAAGGAGGAGGGGGUAGAGGCCACCCGGGCCUCCCUGGUGGACGAGGCUGACGACCGGAAGCCUCCUGCAGCCGAGGAGCUUGCACUAGACAUGGGGAAGGUGGAGGAUCCCGGGGCCACCGAGGGGCCCGGCAGGAGCAUCAAGAGCGAGUGCAAAGAGGAGGCGGAAGUGGAGGAGGCCCAGACGGAGGAGACCGAAGUGCAGGCGGCCCAGGGCUCCGGCCCGGACCAGAGUGGAGGCCCCGAGGACCCUGAGCCCCGCCCGGAGGGGCCACUGAAAGUGGAGAAGAAGGAAUCAGGGGGCAGCAAGGCUGCCUCAACCAAGGGCUUGGGUGCCCCCCAGGACAGUGACUCCAGUGCUACCUGCAGUGCGGACGAGGUGGACGAGCCUGAGGGAGGUGACAAGAGCAGGCUGCUAUCCCCAAGACCCAGCCUCCUCACACCAACAGGAGACCCCAGGGCCAUUGCGUCACCCCAGAAGCCACUGGACCUGAAGCAACUGAAACAGCGUGCAGCCGCCAUCCCCCCGAUUGUCAGCAAGGCCCACGAGUCCUCCCGGGAGGAUGCAGGCCCCCCGAAGCUGGCCCCGCCCGCCCCACCGCCCCUGCAGCCGGAGAGCGACGCACCCCUGCCAGCCAGCAGCAGCCCGCACGGCAGGAGCAGGAGCCCUGCUCCCCCCGCCGACAAGGAGGCAGAGAAGCCUACGUUCUUCCCGGCCUUCUCCACUGAGGGCCCAAAGCUGCCUGCCGAGCCCCCGCGCUGGACAUCAGGCCUGCCUUUCCCUGUGCCCGCUCGCGAGGUGAUCAGAGCCUCCCCGCACGCUGCAGACCCCUCGGCCUUCUCCUAUGCGCCUCCUGGUCACUCGCUGCCCCUGGGCCUCCCUGAUGGUGCCCGGCCUGUGCUUCCACGCGCCCCGGCUAUUUCCAACCCACCACCCCUCAUCUCCUCUACCAAGCACGCCAGCAUUCUUGAGAGGCAGAUGGGUACCAUCUCCCAGGGAAUGUCGGUCCAGCUCCACGUCCCGUACUCAGAGCACGCCAAGGCCCCAGCGGGCCCCGUCACCAUGGGGCUGCCUGUCACCAUGGACCCCAAGAAGUUGGCACCCUUCAGCAGUGUGAAGCAGGAGCAGCUGUCCCCACGAGGCCAGGCCGGCCCCCCUGAAAGUCUUGGGGUGCCCACAGCUCAGGAGACAUCUGUGCUGAGAGGGACAGCUCUGGGCUCAGCUUCUGGCGGGAGCAUCAGCAAAGGCCUCCCCGGGCCACGGGCGCCCGCAGACAGCCCCAGUUCCUACCGCGGCUCCAUUACCCACGGCACCCCAGCCGAUGUCCUGUACAAAGGCACCAUCACAAGGAUCAUUGGCGAGGACAGCCCAAGUCGCCUGGACCGUGCCCGCGAGGACACCCAGCUCAAGGGCCACGUCAUCUACGAGGGCAAGAAGGGCCACGUCCUGUCGUACGAGGGUGGCCUAUCUGGGGCCCAGUGCUCCAAGGAGGAGGGCAGGAGCAGCUCAAACCCACCCCAUGAGGCUGGCGCCCCCAAACGCACCUAUGACAUGAUGGAAGGGCGGGUCGGCCGGACCAUCUCCUCAGCCAGCAUCGAGGGACUCAUGGGCCGCACCCUCCCCUCCGAGCGGCACAGCCCACACCAUCUCAAGGAACAGCACCACAUCCGCGGCUCCAUCACGCAAGGGACCCCGCGGUCAUAUGUGGAGGCGCAAGAGGAUUACCUGCGACGCGAGGCCAAGCUCCUGAAGCGCGAGGGCACGCCGCCCCCGCGGGACCUGCCCGAGUCCUACAAGCCCCUGGGCCCCCUGAAGCUGAAGCCUACCCACGAGGGCCUCGUGGCCACGGUGAAGGAGGCGGGCCGCUCCAUCCACGAGAUCCCACGCGAGGAGCUGCGGCGCACGCCCGACCUGCCCCUGGCACCGCGGCCACUGAAGGAGGGCUCCAUCACGCAGGGCACUCCACUCAAGUACGACACCAGUGCAUCUGCGGCGGGCUCCAAGAAACACGACGUGCGCUCCAUCAUCGGCAGCCCCGGCCGCACCUUCCCGCCCGUGCACACGCUUGACGUGAUGGCCGAUGCACGGGCGCUGGAGCGUGCCUGCUUCGAGGAGAGCCUCAAGAGCCGGCCGGGGGCCCCUGCCAGCACCGGGGGCUCCCUCGCUCGCGGGGCACCCGUCGUGGUGCCUGAGCUGGGCAAGCCACGCCAGAGCCCACUGACCUACGAGGACCACGCCACGCCCUUCGCCAGCCACCUGCCACGCGGCUCACCCGUGACCACGAGGGAGCCCACGCCUCGCCUGCAGGAGGGCAGCCUCUUGUCCAGCAAGGCGGCCACGGACCGGAAGCUGGCGUCAACGCCUCGCGAGCUAGCCAAGUCUCCACACAGCUCGGUGCCUGAGCACCACCCCCACCCCAUCUCCCCGUACGAGCACCUGCUCCGUGGCGUGGACCUGUACCGCAGCCACCUCCCCCUGGCCUUCGACCCCACUUCCAUCCCACGUGGGAUCCCUCUGGAUGCAGCUGCCGCCUAUUACCUGCCCCGGCACCUGGCCCCCAGCCCCACGUACCCCCACCUGUACCCACCGUACCUCAUCCGUGGCUACCCCGACACUGCGGCGCUUGAGAACCGCCAGACCAUCAUCAAUGACUACAUCACCUCCCAGCAAAUGCAUCACAACGCAGCCUCCGCCAUGGCCCAGAGGGCCGACGCGCUGCGUGGCCUGUCACCCCGCGAGUCCUCCCUGGCUCUCAACUACGCCACGGGCCCACGAGGUAUCAUCGACCUGUCCCAAGUGCCACACCUGCCUGUGCUGGUGCCCCCACCGGGCACCCCUGCCACCGCCAUAGACCGCCUCGCCUACCUCCCCACAGCACCCCAGCCCUUCAGCAGCCGCCACAGCAGCUCCCCGCUCUCCCCAGGAGGCCCCACCCACCUGGCCAAGUCCACAACCUCGUCCUCCACCGAGCGGGAGCGGGAGAAGUCCAUCCUCACGUCCAGCACCACCGUGGAGCACGCGCCCAUCUGGAGGCCUGGUACUGAGCAGAGCACUGGCGGCGGCAGCCGGCCUGCUGCCCAUGCUCACCAGCACUCGCCCAUCUCCCCGCGGACGCAGGACGCCCUGCAGCAGAGGCCCAGUGUGCUGCACAACACCAGCAUGAAGGGCAUCAUCACGUCCGUGGAGCCCAGCACGCCCACGGUCCUGAGGUCCACCUCCACCUCCUCACCUGUGCGCCCAGCUGCCACCUUCCCCCCUGCCACCCACUGCCCUCUGGGGAGUGCCCUGGAUGGGGUGUACCCCACCCUCAUGGAGCCCGUCUUGAUAUCCAAGGAUGCCCCUCGGGCGGCACGGCCCGAGCGGCCACGCACGGACACUGGCCAUGCCUUCCUUCCCAAGCCCCCAGCCCGGGAGCCCGCUGCCUCACCCAACAAGAGCUCCGAGCCCCGGCCCCUAGCCAUCGCCCGCACCCCAGCGAAGAGCCUUGCACCCCACCACGCCAGCCCGGACCCUCCGGCACCCACCUCGGCCUCAGAGACUCACCGGGAAAAGAUUCAAAGUAAACCCUUUUCCAUCCAGGAACUGGAGCUCCGUUCUCUGGGUUACCAUGGUGGCAGCUACAGCCCUGAUGGAGUGGAGCCGGUCAGCCCUGUGAGCUCCCCCAGCCUGACCCAUGACAAGGGGGUCCCCAGACACCUGGAGGAGCUGGAUAAGAGCCACUUGGAGGGGGAGCUGCGGCACAGGCAGCCAGGUCCUGGGAAGCUGGGCGGGGAGGCCCUCCACCUGCCCCAUCUGCGGCCACUGCCCGAGAGCCAUGCGUCCUCCAGCCCGCUGCUCCAGGCCGCCCCGGGGGUCAAAGGUCACCAGCGGGUGGUCACCCUGGCCCAGCACAUCAACGAGGUGAUCACACAGGAUUACACGCGGCACCACCCCCAGCAGCUCGGCGCCCCCCUCCCUGCCCCGCUCUACUCCUUCCCUGGAGCCAGCUGCCCCGUGCUGGACCUCCGCCGCCCACCCAGCGACCUCUACCUCCCACCCCCUGAGCACAGCACCCCGGUCCGCGGCUCCCCCCACAGCGAGGGGGGAAAGAGGUCUCCAGAGCCAAGCAAGACGUUGGUCCUCGGCAGCAGCGAGGAUGGCAUUGAGCCCGUGUCUCCGCCAGAGGGCAUGGCAGAACCAGGGCAUCCCCGGAGCUCCAUGUACCCACUGCUGUACCGGGAUGGGGAGCCGGCGGAGCCCAGGAUGGGCUCCAAGUCUCCAGGCAGUACCAGCCAGCCGCCCGCCUUCUUCAGCAAGCUGACAGAGAGCAACUCAGCCAUGGUCAAGUCCAAGAAGCAAGAGAUCAACAAGAAGCUCCACACUCACAACCGGAAUGAGCCGGAGUACAAUAUUGGCCAGCCUGGGACGGAGAUCUUCAAUAUGCCUGCCAUCACUGGAGCAGGCCUUAUGACCUGUAGAAGCCAGGCGGUGCAGGAGCAUGCGGGCACCAGCAUGGGGCUGGAAGCCAUUAUUAGAAAGGCGCUCAUGGGUAAAUACGAGCAGUGGGAGGAGCCCCCGCCGCUGGGCACCAAUGCUUUUAACCCUCUCAAUGCCAGUGCCAGCCUGCCCGCUGCCGCUCUGCCCGUAACCGCUGCUGACGGACGGAGCGACCACAGGCUCACCUCGCCAGGUGGUGGUGGGAAGGCCAAAGCCUCCGGCAGACCCAGCAGCCGCAAAGCCAAGUCCCCAGCCCCAGGCGUGGCCUCCGGAGACCGGCCGCCCUCCGUCUCCUCCGUGCACUCAGAGGGCGACUGCAACCGCCGGACGCCACUCACCAACCGCGUGUGGGAGGACCGGCCGUCGUCCGCAGGUUCCACGCCCUUCCCGUACAACCCCCUGAUCAUGCGGCUGCAGGCGGGCGUCAUGGCCUCCCCGCCUCCACCGGGCCUCCCCACCGGCCCCCACCACGCCUGGGACGGGGAGCCCAAGCCCCUGCUGUGCUCUCAGUAUGAGACGCUGUCCGACAGUGAGUGACUUACGGUGACUUCCGUGCGGUGCUGGCGGCGUGGGGCUGGCGCAGGGCCCGGCGCGUGCCGUGGAGCAGCCCGGGAGUUGGCCUGCGUGUCCGUCCACUGCCCGCCAUCCGUCCACCGCUGGCUCCUGCCUGUCUUAAGCCUUAACUAAGCCCCGCCCCGGGCUGGCCCUGCACAGUGACUUCACUCAGGAGAUGUUCGCCUGGUGCUCGGGACGGGAGGGAGGGGAGGCGACAGGCCGGGGACCCAAACCAGGACGACCACGCACCUCCAUGCCACCGCCCUCCCCUCGCAUUUGGAACCAAAGUCUAAGCCCAGCUCUCGGCCCUGCCCCCUCUCGCUGUCCCCCAUCCCACUUCUGCUGGACAGGCAGAUGUAGGCCCUCCCCCCUCCCCCCCAGCGCUCCCAUCCACAGACCCCACAGGCCGGCGCCGCUGCAGGAGGCCAAGGCAGACCAGGCUGGAGGGCCGCGGGCUGGGUGCAGCCCAGCACAGGGCAGCUGGAGGAGUGGGGCUGUCCGCGCUCGGGCGCGGUGCGGGAGGGAGGCGGUGUAAAUGAUGCAUUGGUUUACAGGGUAUAUUUUUGAUACCUUCAGUGAAUGAAUUCAGAUGUUUUCCACAAGGAAGGACUUACCCAGUAUUACUGCUGUGCUUUUUGGCCUCUGCGUGCCCUUACAGAGGCCCCCAGGGCCCCCAGGACUGAGGCCCGGGAACCAGGCGUCCUUUCCUCCUUUCCUGGGCGGGAUGAAUUGGAUGCGUGAUUGUGGCCACCACCGUGCAGCGUGGUGGGGUCUUGUCAUUCACACACAUUGUUCUGAUUAAAAACGGAAUCAUACUCUA